AUGCAACGGCCAACAGCAAGUGAGUUGCAUCAGCAGGCCUGGGAACAAGAGGAGCAACGGCGGCGUCGGGCGAACGCGGAGCGAAUCGCUCAGGCCGAGGAGGAGGCGGUCGCAGCAGCAGCAGCAGCGGCGGAGGCUGAGGUGGUCGCUGCCUCCAUCAAGUUAUCGGCAGCAGCUCGGCGACAGCAGGAGGAGGCGCAGCGACUAUUGCAGCAGCAAAAAGCUCGGGAAGCUGCGAUGCGAGAGGCUGCUGCCAAUCUAGCUGACCUCAAAUUACCCCCCACUGCUCGUUGGGGUGCCGUUUCUUCCAGCAAUGUUGGCGGUGCACCUACGUCGAUGGCCGACAUCUUUGCAUCACAAAUGCAGGAAGAAGAGGUAAAUUGA